AUGGACACGCCAAGCUCACCCCUGGAGCCCGAUACGCCACCGCCACGGAAACGCAGCCGGCCUGCUCUUUCUACCCGCAGAUCCGACGAUAAUGUUGAAGACUCUGAAAAUGACCCGGAGGUUGGCACACUGGACUUCGCAUCUGCAGUAGGGAAUGCGAAUAUGGAGCAAUGGGCGAGAAAGCUUGCCCAGAGCUCCAGGCUGACACCAGAGCAAGCAGACCGUGUCGUAUCUUUCAGUCGUAUGGUUAGCCUACAACGCGACAUUGAACUGCUGGUUUGGAUUAUGGAAGUCGGCAAUGAACAAGAACGGAUGGUUAUUAGUCAACCACCGUUUGAAGUACCAGCUGACACGGAUAAAAACAUCGAGAAGUACGCACUGUGUGUCUUCGCAUCGGCGAAGAUUUUGAGUUUCAAAGGUGCCGUGCCAUCACGGCAUGUUGAGGAUAUGAUCAAGCGUCACCGAUUUGGUUUACCACCAAGGAUUGAGAAGAAUGCGGCAGCGUGGGCAAAGGUCCUUGAUCGGAUUACGUAUCAUCUAACGCAGCUUCGCGCUGCAAUCAAGAAAGCGAUCGUUGCUAGUGUCAUGGUUUCCGAGGUCGAUAACAACGGAGCAAAAAGACUGGUUGAACGACCACCUGCCCAGCAGCAGACACUUUACAACCUCACCAAGACCAUCCUUGGUGACGAUCUCUCGGUCACGGCCGCCUUCUCCAGCCGGGUUGCAGUGAUGCGUGCUGUUUACCUGGAGGGUGGUGAAUCUCGGCAGUACUGGGACCGUGUCGACAAGCGCUUGGAGUGGCUUCGGACCAAUGCGAAGGGUGAUGCGAAGCGUCUUCAGCGGGCGCUCAAAGCCAUUGUGCAAGACGAUCAGAAGGCUCAUGGCUCCGAGCCGAACCGAGCAAUCAAUGAAGUCCCGGAUGAGUUCCAGCAAGGUGUUGACGAGGAAUUACCUGGUGAUGCUGUGUAA